AUGAACUUCAGCAAACCUAAGACCGGAGCGAACCAACCCGUCAUUCGCAAGACCAUUGUACGAAAGGUCGUCACUCCGAACCAAAGUACCGCUGGGGCCCAGCGACCCUCUGGCCGUCCAGAUCCGAACAGAUUCAACCAGGCCCUCCACCGCGCAAGCCCGAAGCCCGCGACCUCGAAGAAACCCCCCAACCCUGCUCGCCGAGCCCUGUCUGUCUCGAGAGGUGUGAAACGAAAGAGCGCGACUCCUCAGCCGGCACUCUUCAGCAGCGACGAUGAAGAUGACAGUAGCGACAUCGGCGGUUCCGACUCAGAUGCGUCUCGGAAGCGCAUUAAGAGCAGCGUCAGCUCGGUCGAGAGCAGUGGGCCAAGGCGAAACGUGAUAUCAGAAGCAGCUUUCAAGGAUGAUACCAUCUUCGAUUUCAUACAUGGUGCAGAUGCGACGUCCGGGCCAAAUGCCUCCAAGUUUAAGAACCCUUUUGAAGACGAAGUCUUCGAAUGCGUGGAGCUGCAAUAUCCCAGCAAGGGCCACAAGGAACGAUUCGAGCUUAAGUGGCCGAAGUACGUGUCCAAGGACGACUACAAGCCUAUGGAAGAUAUCAUCGAGACCAUCAAGACAAUCUGCACGUGGUACUUCCCGGAAGAGCUUGUUGCGACUGGCCUGAGCGAAGAAACAGGAUACGACAGGCGCUUUCACCGAGCAUGGCAGCGAGAAAGUGUGGAUGAUUUCAUAGAGAUUGUUCAGGACUUCAACACUAUCUUGGGUGGCUUGUUGAGUGACGGCACCCUCGAGAAAGAGCUGAAACACAAGAGGAGUCUGCACCUCGACUGGGUGCGACGCAUACUUGAUCAAACAUACGGCAGAACGGUUUCGCCCAAAGUCGAGACGCUCAGGGCGUAUCAGAACGGAAGCGAUAAUGUCUAUGGAGAGUUGAUGCCUCGUCUCUGCAGUGAGAUGUUCCACAAAACAAAGCUCAACCACGAGCAAGUCUUCGUUGAUCUGGGUUCUGGCGUCGGAAACGUGGUGCUGCAGGCAGCCCUCGAAAUCGGAUGCGAGAGCUGGGGAAUUGAAAUGAUGAAGAACCCUUGCGAUCUGGCGGAACUGCAGGCUCGAGAGUUCCCAGCGCGAGCGCGUCUGUGGGGGCUGUCGGCUGGCAAAGUUAACCUCUUGCGCGGCGACUUCACUGACCAUCCAGGCAUCGAUGAGGUUCUUCGACGAGCUGAUGUUGUGCUUGUAAACAAUCAAGCCUUCACGCCGGCGCUCAACGACAAGCUCUGCAACAAGUUCCUCGACCUCAAGGAAGGGUGCCAAGUGGUCAGUCUGAAGCCGUUCGUACCCGAGGGACACAAACUCGCAAUGAGAAACAUUCAUUCGGUGGCAAAUCAGCUGGUUCAGAGGAGGUUUGAGUACUUCUCCAACAGCGUGAGCUGGACAGAUGUCGGUGGACACUACUACAUUGCGACCAAAGACCGACGACCGAUGGAUGCGUUUCUGAAGUCACACGGUCUUCAGUGA